UAAAAGAAUGAGUGACGUAACGAUUGGAUCUUCUUUUGCGACCUCCUCUGAAGUUCUCGGGUGUUUCCUUGACAGCUGUCAGUGAGAAUCAAACAUGGCGGAGAAGGUCAGCUGAUUGGAGAUACGCCCGCGCAAAUUUCGCAGUAAAAAGCGAAUAAAGCGCAUCAUGCAGGUAUUCGGCGAAUGGGCUCAAGUUGAAGUGGUGGAACUAGUCAACGAUGGAUCCGGUUUGGCGUUCGGCAUCGUGGGGGGACGGUCCUCGGGAGUGGUGGUCAAGAGCGUCCUCCCCGGUGGAGUUGCUGAUAGAGACGGCAGACUCAGGAGUGGGGAUAUGCUGCUCCGGAUCGGGGCGGUUACCGUGGUCGGCAUGUGCGCGAGGCAGGCCGCUGCCGUGCUACGACAGUGUGGGGCCUGCGUGCGCUUGCUGGUGGCCAGACCGGCCGCAUCCAACUCUCUGCCCAUGCAGUCCUUGGGAGCAUCACCGGCUCCGGUAGUACCGUCCAGGCUGUUAGCGGACCCCAUUGAGUUGGAGCGACGUCUCGCUGAAGCCGGCCACGAGGGCUUCGGGGCGCUCUGCGAGGAUAUUACUCCGCCAUCACCUCCACCUACUAUCAUCGAGGAGAGAUUACAUCACAGGCCUGUAGCGUCUAUGGUCGCGGUCGUGCCACGCGGCGCGCUAGUUUCGUCUCCGCGCCCGCCUCCGCCUAUCACCAAGCAAUCGGCUCCACAACCAGCGCCUUUAAGGUUACCAUUGGAUAUGGCAGUUCGAGGCAACGGCUCACCGGAGACAUUGAGCUACGAAGUGUCCUUGAACAAGGACACGGCACUUGGGCUCGGCAUUACUGUAGCCGGUUACGUGUGCGAGCAAGAGGAGCUGAGCGGCAUAUUCGUGAAGAGUAUCAGUGAGGGUAGUUCAGCUGACCUCAGCGGGAAGAUGCAGGUCAACGACCGAAUCGUUGAGGUCGAUGGCGUAUCACUUCACGGCGUCACAAAUCACAAAGCGGUGGCGCUUCUUCGUGAUUCUAAAGGUCCUAUUGUACGAAUUAAAGCUUUAAGGUAUCUUCGUGGUGCGGGGUUUGAGAAGCUCCAGAAGGCAUUAGCAGCGCAAGACGGAAGGAAAUCCCCCAUAGCUCCCCCAAGUCCCUCUGUUACUUCACUUGCUAAAUACAGUUUUAGUGUUUACGACGAAUCGACGGUGAUAGAAGUCGAGCCAGAUUCGGAGGUCCAGCCGCAUCUACCGUCGCCUACCUCCCCCUCCGAGGAGGCGGAGAUUGUUAUUGGUAGAGAUGAGGAUUGCUACGAGAAAAACAGACGGAUACAGGACAAAUGGCGGGAGAUACUCUCCGAGGAGCACGAUUGGCCCGGACAUAAUUAUAAUUACGAUAUAAUUGUGGGCACCAUCAUAAAAGACAAGGACAGCGGCCUAGGGAUAUCACUGGAGGGGACAGUAAGAGUGGUUGGUGGUAAGGAAGUCCAAGCAAGACAUUACAUCAGGGCUAUAGCGCCUAAUGGACCCGUCGCCAGAUUGGGUCUCCACAAAGUUGGUGAUGAACUGCUCGAGGUGAAUGGUUGGAGAGUAUUAGGCGCACACCACGUCGAGGUGGUAACCAGGCUCAGAGCCGUCACCUCUCCUGUGCUAUUGGUCUGCGUGAGGAAACGAGACCAGCAACCGGUCCAACCUAAGAAGGAAUUAAGUUUUGCGAGGAACAGUAUCCUCGGAGGUAGCCUUCAAGACCUGUUGUCUCCGCCGCAGAGGCUGAUCAAGGCAAAGUCGGAGAGCUGUGUGACGUCACUGUGCAGCACCAACACUGUGACCUCGACUGAUCAUGACGAAUUCUGUACGGAAGACUUGGAGAGGAACAAGUCCAGGUCGUUGGAGCCGCUGAGUGGUCUGGCCAUGUGGAGCGAUCAGGUCGACUACAUACAGCUGGCGAAAGAAGACAGAGGUCUCGGGUUCUCCAUACUAGAUUAUCUGGAUCCAUCAGAGCCAGGCAGCUCCGUGAUAGUGGUCCGGUCUGUGGUGGCGGGCGGGGCGGCGGCGGCAGACGGUCGCCUGGCGCCGGGGGAUCGCCUGGUGUCCGUCAACGGAGAGCACGUGGCCCGCAGCCCCCUGGCAGUCGCUGUCAACGCAAUCAAGACUGCUCCCAAAGGUAUCGUCACAAUUGGGAUAUCAAAACCCCUCCCUUGCAGUACUGUGGUGGGGGGUGAAAAAGCCAACGGCCACAGUUUCCAGAGUAGCCAGGAGUGCCUCAAUUCCCUCGCCUCAGACGAACACACAGGCAUGGACUCAUUCCACGAAUGUCUUCAAGAAUACGGAGAAGACCUUGAAGUAGUACAAAUCUGCCUCGAACCUGAAGAUGCUUCUAUAAAAGAUGAUGAAAUAUCCGUUAUCGCUGACUUGAGUUUUGAUGACUGCAAAAAGGACAUACACCGAAAAGAAAUUAUUAUAGAUAGUGAUAUUAUACGUGUAAACGGAAUUAAAUCCUCGAAAUCAGAAGAGUCUCUAGAUCAUGAUGAUGAUAUGACCAUCACAGAAGACGACUUUAUAGCUCCAAGGGAACUGAAACGAGAUAUUCGUCGCAAAUCAGCUGAUAUAAAAGAAGAUAUAUGUAUUUUUAAGCAGAACAGCAAAGAUAUAUCGACUUCAGACGAAAUGGUAUUUGCCGUUACUCCAACUGGGUUAGAAAGAAUCAGUUUCGAGAAAUACUGGAAGGAAUGUGAUGAAAAAAUUGAUACAACGACGUUAGAGAGAGUCAAAAGCGAUGAAAGUUGGAAGGACGCUAAUUCCCCUACCGAUGACAGUUUUCACGACGCUACCACGAAAAUAUCCAUUCAAGAGAACAAUUCCCUGCUAUAUAUAGAUCACGAUAUCGACGGAUACGAAACUUGUCUUGAUGAUGACACAUCUUCGAUGAAGUGCGCGUUAAAAAACGAUCGUAAAACUACCUUUGAUGACAACAAAAAUAUAAACAAACAAGACAAAACAGAUCAUGUUAACAAAGGCACCGAUCAAAACUACUUUCAGUACGAGGCAGAUGCUACAGACGAGUUCGCAUCUCGUCCUUACAUACAGGAGCACAUAAUAAAACAGAUGAAAUCUCUUAAAAUAGAAACAAUAAACAUUGGAAACAAGAGAAAAAGAAGUCCUAGUAAACCGUCUAAGAAGGAGAGGAUGCAAUGUGUAGAAUAUUACAACGAUCAAGCUGAGUGUUUGAAAGAAAUUAAACAGAAGAAAUUGGAAGAGCAAAAGAAACAUAAAGAGGAGAAAAAGAAAACGACAGAUAGAAAGAAAACAGAUAGUUCUAGAGGAGAAAAAAGGUGUCAGUUGAAGAAGAAGGAAGUUAGCGAAGAGUCCACUGAUUUUGAGAGCAGCUACGUGCCUGGCUGUCACAGGUGCUUCUUAGAGAACUACGCGUAUGCUAUAACAACGGCGUAUAUGGCUGAAUCCAGUUCAUGCAAAUACUGCCAAGUUAUAAGAGACAUGCUGGAAGUUCCCAAAGCGAUGUCUGGGAGAAGGAGGUCGGCUCCAGCAUUAGUCAAUUUAUCGAGUGAAUCGGAUUCUGAUGAUGAUGGGCUGCUUUUCGUGCCUAUGGUGCAGGGUAGGAGGAAGUCUGCUGGACCUCUCAAGUUCGUGCUGCCUCCUAGAAGACCGAGCUACUGUCCACAAGCGAUGACGGUCACGGUGUCGCCGGAUCGGCGUGCUGAUACCAUCGUAGCCCAGCGGUGGGGUCCCCCGAGGAAGGUGACCAUCAAACGAAGCCCUGGUGCUCCUUUGGGCGUCAGUAUUGUUGGCGGAAAGGUCGAUAUAAUAUCAAGCCAAGAUAGCGAAGAGGGAGAAGAAAAAGCGAUUUUCGGAAUCUUUAUCAAGAAUGUCGUUGCCAACAGCCCUGCUGGUCUUAGUGGAGAGCUUCAAACAGGUGACAGGAUCCUGGAAGUGGACGGGGUUUGCGUCCGAUCAGCGCAGCACGAGAGAGCUGUACAGCUGAUCAAAGCCGCUGGCGAUAAGGUCACCCUCACCGUGCAGAGCCUUCUGGCCUGGAAUACAGAUUCGUCAGACGUGGAUGGGUCAUCGCCACCAGCGUCGCCAGCUACGUCAAUAAAGAAGUCACCAGCAAAACUAUCGUUCAACAUUGACAAAACUCCUCAGCAUGAAAUCAAGAUAACAGUAACAGCAGAGCCAGAUAACGAAGAAGAGUCGGAAGAAGAUAAGCAAGCAGAGAAGGAGUCGACAUCCGAAGCGGAAACAGCUCGCAAGCCCGUGUAUUCAGACUCUGAAAGCAGUGACGAAGAAGAUGAACGAGAAUUGCAAGGGAGAACGUAUUCUGAUAAAGGAGUUGAGAUCGACAGAGCUUCGGCCGGGGCUAUAAAGCGCAGUAAAGAAGAGAAGCAGGCAGAUCCCGAGGAAGAGGACGACUUCGGCUACACGACAAAUAAAAUCCGUAAGAAGUACGCAUCGCUCGGGGACAAUGUCGUGGUCGUGAGGCUGGAGCGCUCGCCGAAGGCUGGACUUGGCCUGAGUCUAGCUGGUCACAGGGAUAGGAGCAGGAUGGCCGUGUUCAUCUGUGGAUUGCACCCAGCCGGAGCAGCCGCCAAGGCCACACCCGCUGUUAAAGUUGGAGACGAGAUCCUAGAGGUAAACGGAAUAGUGCUGCAUGGGAGAUGUCAUCUGAACGCGUCAGCCAUCAUCAAGGGUCUGGUUGGUCCGAUAUUCAAGAUUAUAUUGUUAAGGAGAAAGUCAGCGUUAGAAGAUGUUGCCGUAAAGCCACUCACGCAGUUCCCAGCUGCCCUGGAAGAAGAGUCGGACGAUCGCGACCGAUUCGCAGGAUACAAGGGGGUCAGAGACAUAACAGUGAAAAAGGGUCCAGCGGGGCUGGGCAUCAUGAUAAUCGAAGGUCGUCACACGGAGGCUGGCCGUGGGAUAUUCGUGUCCGAUCUUCAAGAGGGAAGCGCUGCUGAGCAGGCGGGACUUCAGAUAGGAGACAUGCUUCUUGCCGUGAACAGGGAUUCCUUAUUGAACUGCAGCUACGAUUCGGCGGCAUCGAAACUGAAACAGGCUGAGGGCGUCGUGAUCCUAACGGUCUGCAGUCCCAACAUGAAGGAUGCGCCGGACAAAGAAGACGGUUCCACUGCCGCCACCACGCCUGGUACUCCAGCCCCUGGUUCUACACCAACAUUAGCGAGUGGUCCUUCGAGACCAGCUAGCAGGAACCAAACUCCGGACCCUGGUCUGACCCCUGCCUCCCGCCCUCAAACGCCGAGACCAACGCCAUCGCCGGUCAAAGCGGAGCCUCCACCGGAGCCGGCAACAGCGCCAGUGGUUCCCAACCAGGACACGGUUAUAGAAAUAAAUGCGGCCAACGAAGUAUUAGGAGUCGUCCUGCUUGGUGGGAGCGACACAUUAAUUAACGGUCCGGCAGCCGUAAUCUUGGACAUAUACAAAAACGGAGCCAUAGACAAAGACGGAAGGCUGGAGGUCGGUGACCUGAUAACCGAAUGCAACGGAGUCGCCAUCACGAAAGAAAUGGCACACGAACGAGUCUGUCUUACCAUUAAGCGAAGAGCUCAAAAAAUAAAGCUGACGGUGCACCGGCCAGAGCCGCUGCAGUUCGAGGAGGUGGAGGUGGAGCUGGCGCGGAAGGCGGGGCGAGCCCUCGGGCUCACGUGCAUACCAGCAGCCCGGGGCGCCGCCCUCUACCUAGGGGAACUGAUACCCGGGUCACCGGCGGACUUGGACGGUCGUCUGCAGAAAGGCGACUUCCUCCAGGCGGUGGACGGGAAGGAUUUGUCGUCGGCGGACCUCAUGACGGCGGCGGCGACCCUCAAACUGUGCGGGAACAAAGCUGUGAUCAAAGUGAAGAGAUUUAAAAUCGUGAGAUAAUUCGUUAGUUUGAGAAGCGCUGGUUGACUCGUGGCGUAUUUGAAUCAGUCUGUUCUAAUAAAGCUGUUUUAUUAGUUUGAUUU